AGAAAGUGGAGGGACAGGCUUUGAGGCAACUGUUUACCGUGGUGUUGAUUAUGAAGGCUUUUAUGUGACCUGUCAUAAAACUGAGACAGAUUUCACUGGUCAAGAUUACGCAACACAAAAAUAAAAGAUCUCUAUCUACAGGAGAUUAUUAGACCUGUUUACAGCAGAACUUCAUUCGACAGAGACAGUAAUGCUGAAGCAGACAGAGGGUCUUCAGCAGAAGUCUAUUCAGAAUCAAAGUUAAAGAUGAACAGAGCUACUAUUGCAAUGAUUAACAUCCUGCUCCUGUGUGCUAUUGCUGUACAAGGUACUGGAGGACGGUGUCUGUGCCCCAAGACCAGCACCAAUUUUAUCAAUCCGAGGACUAUCAAGACUUUGCGAUAUAUUCCUAAAGGAUCACAUUGUCAUAAAUGGGAGAUAAUCGUCACCAAGAAAAAUGGGCAGCACGUUUGUGUGAGCCCUGAUGCCAAGUGGGUGAAGAUAAUCAUUAAAUCCAGGAAAGAUUUCAGACCACAUAACUAAGAAAAGAAGCAACAAUGUGAUUCACUUGAUUGCACACCAGGGAAGUUGCUGUACCAUGCCCCUGAAGGGCAUUCUUCUGAUAUCACCAUUCACUAUGUUUGAGCAGUUCCCCUGCAUUGAUUCUCUGUGGCGUAUUUCAUUAUUCAACCUUCUUAUACUGUAACUAUUUACACAGAGCCGAAGAAAACAGGCUGCUGUUGUGAAAUUUUGUGCCAUGGUGGAGGUUUUCUUUUCAUUAAAUACGAGAUGUGCGAUUA